UUGAAGACACGUUUUAAUAGAGUUUGUCAUAUCUAGGCAACAUUAGUGGCUGGCCGUGUCAUAUAGUGGAUUUAGUUUUCCCGAAGCUAAUGCUAAGCUAUUUCUUUGCAAACGUCUCCAAGUUAGCCAACGUUUGCUAUUUUACACCUUAAGAUAAAUAUGCGACACAUACGUUUAUGUUUUUGGUAGUGGGUCCUUAUUACUUAUUUUAUAUCCAGAAAGUGAGAAAUCGUCAUGGGUAAAAGCUGUAAAGUGGUGGUGUGUGGUCAGGCUGCAGUAGGAAAAACGGCUGUGUUAGAGCAACUGCUGUAUGCCAAUCAUGUCGCAGGUUCAGAGCCCAUGGAGACCCUCGAGGAUAUCUAUAUAGGCUCCAUAGAAACCGACCGCGGCACACGAGAGCAGGUGCGCUUCUAUGACACCCGUGGACUCCGGGAUGGAGUGGAGUUUCCCCGACAUUACUUCACUUUUGCUGAUGGCUUUGUACUAGUUUACAGCAUUGAUAGUAAAGAGUCCUUUAAGCGAAUGGAGACCCUUAAGAAAGACAUUGAUCGCCACAGAGACAAGAAAGAGGUAACCAUUGUUGUGCUGGGUAAUAAGCUGGACAAGCAGGAUGAGAGGAGAGUUGACUCAAACGUGGCCCAGAAUUGGGCGAAGAAUGAGAAGGUGCGUCUGUGGGAGGUGUCGGUGGUGGACCGACGUACACUCAUUGAACCCUUUGUCUACCUUGCCAGCAAAAUGACCCAGCCACAGAGCAAAUCCACUUUCCCUCUCAGCCGCAAUAAGAAUAAGGGAAGCGGCUCAACAGACAGCUAAAAGUGCAGAAACAGCUGUUGAAAGGGGAGGCCUGUUUUAUUAAAACAUCUAUUUUAUCAACAUGAAGGAUUGACUUGGUAAGAGUUUUGAGACUUUAGAGAAAUGAGAAGAAAAGCAGGACGAUGGUAUGGAUCUUUAUAAACGAUGAACACUGUUACUAUUAAUACAACACCUACAUUUCAUGUUUGGUUUAAAAAAAAAAAACGGCUAAUUAUGAUGUGUUAAUUUUUUUUCAGUCUCUGUUAUCUGUAUCACAUUUCCCUUUUUCAAAUCAUUCCCAUUUUUCUGGGUAUAAAAAUGUUGAAACGAUUUCACAUCCAUUAGUAACCACGUGUGGACCAUAGACUGUGUGCUUUGGAGCUACGUAAAUUGUAGUUCUUCAGCUACUGACAAUCAACAUUUUGAUUCCAGAGUUUUAAGCUGUGAUUGACUCUCGGGGCUCUUUUUAAGAAGGACCUCAAACGUAGUUUGUACACUGGCUUGUAAUUUUUUUUGUCCAUGUGCACUAAAUGUACACAGACUGAACCAAAACUGGCAGCAGUUUCCAAUGUUACCCAGUAGCUGCAUCCCACAAAUGCUGAAUUUCACGUUGGAAAAGGAAUGAUGACUGAAGGGGUUUCAUAGAUGCAUUAUUUAUAUUGUACAUAAACUGUCGUGUCUGUUGAUCUGGAGAUUUGUUACACUUUACAUCUUUGUUGCUGAGAUUUCCUGUUUAAUACUGUCGAGUGAAUCAUUGAGAUUCUUUAUCACAGACAGGCUGGAGGACUCUGAGUACAUGAUAAUCACACGAUAGCUCAUUGUUUCUGCUACCUUUUCUUGUUGCAUGUGAAAGACAGCAUUUGGUUCAGGAAAAUGCCGUUUCAGUACCAACGUGACUGGUUUGCCGCUGCUGAAGUAGGUGUGUUUUCUGAGCUGUAAAGUAAAACCUAUCACUGGGUGGUGCAGCUUGAGGUCAGGUAUGAGCAGCUUUUGAUGUUUGUCUCAUUAAAAUGGGGAAAUGUGAAAAUUUGUCAGUGCCAGAGUCUGUCAGCACUAUAUCACGCAGCAUUUUUUUUUUUUUUUGGUGAAUAUCAAUCUUUAUGUGUAAAUAUCCUUAAAAUGUGCUCUGUCAAUAUUUGCAUGUUUUGUAAACAUAUUAAAGCUUUUUUUCUGUGCCCAACCAGAA